AUGAAGUAAAAGCCUGACUCCACCUGGUCAAAUGUGUUCUCUCUACACACACUGACCUGUCUCCUGAGAACAACUGGAGUGAUAGAGAGAGGAAAAUAAGAUGUCACGAAAUGUCACAGACAUAGUUCAAUUGCAGUUGAAAUGUUUUAACAUCUUAAUGUUGCAUUCAAGGUAACAGUCCAUUUUAAGACUGCUGUGGCUGUAUCAAAAGAGGCAACAAUGGUUAAUAAUUUAGCCAAAUAAGUAAUCACAAGAUGUGGGACUGAGCCGAGCUGUAGUGCAAUUCCAUGGUAACAGAGUGAUGCUGAGGCUCAGAUUUCACUUUAAAAUGUAUGUCAAACAAAAACCAAUGAUUUCAAAGUGAAACAAACCAUACAAAUAUAUGCACAAUGACUACUUUUAACAAUUUUAAAUAAUUGGUUUGUUUGACCUAUAUUUUAAAGUGAAAAAUCUGAGUCUCUGCAUCACUCCGUUACCAUGGAAUUCCCCUGUACCAAUCCACGCCACUUGUCAGUCAGCAUGGCUCAAUGUUGAACAGCAUGCUGUCAGUUCAUGCCCAAUCCACCUCGUGGAGAGCUAUCCUCCUAUAGGUUCACUUCAUCCCUUACCUACACUACUCAUAUUGUUAGCAAUGACUAUCACAUACAUUCAAUAUAGAACCAUCUUUCUAACCAGUAGAGCGCAGCUUUGGCUUUGGUUAAACCACAGUUAGCAUCCUAGCUAGCUGACGUUCACCUAGCUUGCCACAUCAAUAGCCUGCUUCAAUAACAGAAGACCAAAUAACUACCUACUUCAAUUUCAAUAUUGGUAUCAUAGUUGAUUAGCCAGCUAGUUGGUUAGCUAGUUUCUCUACUGAAAAACUGUCUUGACAUGUAGUAAGUAUUUAUUUAGGCGAACAAAAAUCUCUUCUCUCAAAUUAAUUUACUGCAUUCGGAAAUUCAGUUCUGCUUGCUCAAAGUCACACUCACAAGCUCUCACAUGUAAUUUGUGCGCACCACGCUGCCCUGAGCUCACAGCACCCGUCCUCUGCUCGCUCGACAGCAAUUAUUCUCUCUCUACUCAAGUGUUUGCUCGCGCAAUGAUGUUUCAUCUUGUGCCCGUUUGACUUUUGAAUCGGAAUUGACACCAUAGGCUCAUUCAUUAUUACAGUAUGAAAAUGUAUGCACUCACUAACUGUAAGUCGCUCUGGAUAAGAGCGUCUGCUAAAUGACGUACAUGGAAAUGAUAUCAAACCAUCACAUUCAAUGAUACAUUACAACAUAUUGUAUAUCAUUAGACUUAUUUUUACCCCCGGUAACCUCUGUUCAUUGUCUUGUUUUGUGUCAUCGUCAAAAUAGACUCAGUCGUGUCGAGCGUCUCCUGCCUAGCCUGUGUUCAUUAUAUUGUGACUUGACCUGUCUGUUACUGACAAAGUGGUGUGUGGCCUUGCCGGGAUCUCUGUCUCUCUCUCUUUCUCACACUAUCUCCUUCUGUCUUUCUAGCUCACUCUCCCUCUCCGCACCCCUCUCUCUAUCUCCUUAUCUCUCUCUCGCUCUCGCUCUCUCUCUCUCUAUCUCUCUCUAUCUCUCUCUAUAUACACUACCAUCAAAAGUUUGGGGUCACUUAGAAAUGUCCUUGUUUUCUAAAGAAAUUCUAUUUUUUUGUCCUUUAAAAUAACAUCAAAUUGAUCAGAAAUAUAGUGUAGACAUUGUUCAUGUUGUAAAUGGCUAUUGUAGCUGGAAACGGCUGAUUUUUAAUGGAAUAUCUACAUAGGCGUACAGAGGCCCAUUAUCAGCAACCAUCAGUCCUGUGUUCCAAUGACACGUUGUGUUUGCUAAUCCAAGUUUAUCAUUUUAAAAGGCUAAUUGAUCAUUAGAAAACCCUUUUGCAAUUAUGUUAGCACAGCUGAAAACUGUUGUGCUGAUUAAAGAAGCAAUAAAACUGGCCUUCUUGAGACUAGUUGAGUAUCUGGAGCAUCAGCAAUUGUGGGUUUGAUUACAGGCUCAAAAUGGCCAGAACUUUCUUCUGAAACUCAUCAGUCUAUUCUUGUUCUGAGAAAUGAAGGCUAUUCCAUGCAAGAAAUUGGCAAGAAACUGAAGAUCUCGUACCACGCUGUGUACUACUCCCUUCACAGAACAGCGCAAACUGGCUCUAACCAGAAUAGAAAGAGGAGUGGGAGGCUAUUUUACCAAAAAGGAGAGUGAUGGAGUGCUGCAUCAGAUGACCUGUCCUCCACAAUCCCCCGACCUCAACCCAAUUGAGAUGGUUUGGGAUGAAUCGGAUGGCAGAGUGAAGGAAAGGCAGCCAACAAGUGCUAAGCAUAUGUGGGAACUCCUUCUAGACUGUUGGUAAAACAUUCCAGGUGAAGCUGGUUGAGAGAAUGCCAAGAGUGUGCAAAGCUGUCAUCAAGGCAAAGGGUGGCUAUUUAAAGAAUCUCAAAUAUAAAAUAUAGUUUGAUUUGUUUAACACUUUUUUGGUUACUACAUGAUUCCAUAUGUGUUAUUCCAUAGUUUUGAUGUCUUCACUAUUAUUCUACAAUGUAGAAAAUAGUAUAAAUAAAGAAAAACUCUUGAAUGAGUACGUGUGUCCAAACUUUUGACUGGUACUGUAUGUAAAUUACAUUUUCUGUAUUUCAUUUUCAAUAAAUUAGCAACAUUUUCUAAAAACAUGUUUUCACUUUGUCAUUUUUGGUAUUGUGUGUAGUAGAUGGGUGAGGAAAAAAAUAUAUUUAAUCAAUUUUGAAAUCAGGCUGUAACACAACACAAUGUGGACUAAGUCAACGGAUAUGAGUACUUUCUGAAGGAACUGUAUACAGUCAGGUCCAUAAUUAUUGGCAUCCUUGAUAAAGAUGCGCAAAAAAGACAGUAUAAAAGAAAUACAAAUACUGAGCUAUAUUGUAUGCUUAAAAAAAUUGGGAAAAUAUAUUAUUUUAUACUAAUGCUAUUGCUCUGAGAAGAGAUUUUGUAGUAAAACAUUAACUAAUAAUUAAAAACAUUAUUGCCACCCCUGUGACCAAUAACCUCCCUUUGCGAGAAUAACAACACUGAGCCUUUUCUGAAAUGUUUUAUGAGAUUGGAGAACACUUUGGGAAGGAUCUUAGACCAUUCAUCCAUACUGAAUCUUACCAGAUCCUUGAUAUCCUUUGUCUGCUCUUAUGGACUGCCCUCUUUUUUUUCAUACCAGAUGUAUUCAAUGGGGUUCUAGUCCAGAGACUGAGAUGGCAAUUGCAAAAUGUUUAUUUUGGGGGUGAAUUAACCAUUUCUUUGUGAAUUUUGGUUAGUGCUUGGGGUUAUUUUCUUGCUGGACGAUCCACCUGCGACCAAGUGUCAGGCUCCUUGUAGAGGCAACCAGGUUUUUGGCUAAAAUGUCCUGGUACUUGGUAAAGUUCAUGAUGCUGUUGACCUUAACAAGGGCCUGAGGACCAGUGGAACUGGUGCUAUGGUCAGAUAACAUAAAAAAGAGCUUGUACCCCAGUGGUGGAUUUGGCAUUGAAAGCAGAAGGCCAUCUCAGUCUCCCGACUUGAAACACAUUGAAAAACUGUGGUUUGAAUUGAAGAGGUCAGUCCGUAACAGCAGACGAAGGAUAUCAAAGAUCUGGAAAGAUUCUGUAUUAGGAUCCCUCCCAACGUGUUCUCCAAUCUCAUAAAACAUUAUAGAAAAAGGCUUGGCGUCGUUAUCCUCGCAAGGGGUGCCAGUAAUCAUGACCUCGUGUUUAAAAAAAAUGUAUUUUAGUUAUUACUUGUUUAACAAAAUCUUUUUCUCAGAGCAAUUAGUAUAAGAUAAUAUAAUUUCCCCAUUUUUUGGAGCAUACAAUAUAGCUCAGUAUUGGUAUUAUUUAUUUUAUUCAGUCUUUUUUGCUCAUCUUUAUCAAGGGUGGCAAUAAUUCUGGACCUGACUGUAUUUCUCUGUCUGUCUGUCUGCCUGCCUGCCUGCCUGCCUGCCUGCCUGCCUGCCUGCCUGCCUGCCUCUCUCUCUUUCCCCCCCGAGUGUAGUGUUUUUCAGAAGGUUUUAGUGCAGCACUUACUUGUCCCCCCCUCCAUGUGCUUCUGCUUCUAAUGCAGCCUGCCAGCUGUGGCUCUGUGGCUGAGAACAGCACACACACACACACAAGGACCUGCUGCUGCUCUACUGUCCCUACUGACAGAGAGAGAAAGUGGGGAAGAUAUCUUGCCCUGAGUGUACUGUUUUACGUGCCUCUUCUGAAUGCACUCACCUGACUCUCCUCUCGUUGUCUUAUGUAUGUGUGUGCAGGAUCCUGGCCACGGUGGGCUCAGACUUUGACCUGAGGACUCUGCGGGCGGUGAGAGUACUGAGACCACUCAAACUGGUGUCUGGCAUCCCCAGUAAGUCACUGACAACAGGUCAAAGGUCACUCAGUGUGCACCAUAACAUUACUGUAGUGUUAAUAAAAUAUCAAAGAUUUAUAUACAGAUCAUACAUUUUUAAACACACAAACACAAACUGACUUAUUAAGUAUGACUCAUCUUAUCUUACAUGGACUACAUAUGGCACCCCCCUCUAACCCCCUCCCCCCUCCAUCUCUACCUCUCCCCCCUCAAUCUCUCUCCCUCCCCCUUCCGUCUCUCUCCCUCCCCCUCCAUCUCUCUUCCUCCCCUCUCCGUCUCUCUCCUCCCCCUUCCAUCUCUCCCCUCACCCUCAUCCUCCCCUCCCCCUCCAUCUCUCCCCUCCCCCCCUCCAUCUCUCUCCCCUCCACCUCCGUCUCUCUCCCUCCCCCCUCCUUCUCUCUCCCUCCCCCUCCGUCUCUCUCCCUCCCCCCUCCAUCUCUCUCCCUCCCCCCUCCUCCUCUCCCUCCCCCCUCCGUCCUCUCUCCCUCCCCCCUCCAUCUUCUCCUCCCCCUCCUCUCUCUUCCUCCCCUCCCUCCUCCUCCCCUUCCAUCGUCUCUCCCUCCCCCUCCAUCUCUCUCCCUCCCGUCCCCCCCUCCAUCCUCUCUCCCUCCCCCUCCUCUCUCUCCCUCCCCCUCCAUCUCUGCCCUCCCCCUCCUCUCUCUCCCUCCCCCUCCAUCUCUCUCCCUCCCCCCCUCCCCCCUCCCUCCCCCCUCCGUCUCUCUCCCUCCCCCCUCCGUCUCUCUCCCUCCCCCCCUCCGUCUCUCUCCCUCCCCCCCUCCAUCUCUCUCCCUCCCCCCUCCGUCUCUCUUCCUCCCCCCUCCAUCUCUCUCCCUCCCCCUCCAUCUCUCUCCACAGGUCUUCAGGUGGUAUUGAAGUCUAUCAUGAAGGCCAUGGUGCCUCUGCUCCAGAUAGGCCUGCUGCUAUUCUUCGCCAUACUCAUGUUUGCCAUCAUCGGAGUGGAGUUCUACAUGGGCAAGUUCCACACCACCUGCUUCAAUGUCGACACUGGUGAGUGCUGAAUGGAUUACACACACAUACUGUACACAGUAGUAGAAUGCACAGACACACACACACACACAUAUACAGUAGGUUAUGGAAACACAACACACAGUACCACGUUUUAGGCCUUGCUUGCUUGUCUUUAUUUUGAUAGAUAGCCUUUUAUAGCCAGAUUUUGAUAGAUCACCUCUCAGGGUUGGAUAAGUAUGUGUCUCUCAGUAAGGAGUUGAUGGCGCUGAAAUAGAUAGAUAGAUAGAUAGAUAGAUAGAUAGAUAGAUAGAUAGAUAGAUAGUGUGUUGAGUGUAGAGUUUAAAUGGAUCUGAUAGAAUACAGUUCCUGUAUGCAUACUUUAUGCCAUCAAUGUCAGUGCAGGGUGUGAGUUGAGCAUAGUGUUGACGGCUGUGCCAGCUGGAGGUUGUGUGUGUGUGAGUGUUUGACCCCCUGUGUGGUGGUGGUGUGAGGUCUUGACAGCCUGCUAAUGUAAGUGUGUGUACAUGUGAGUUAUUUUAGUAACAAACAGUGGGGUAACAAAGCAGCUCAAGGCACUGGUAACAUCUCCCCAACUGCAGGUUGCUGUGUGUGUAUGUGUUUGUGUGUGUGUGUGUGGUGUGUAUAUAUGUGUGUGUGUGUAUAUGUUUGUAUGAGUUAUCAGCAGGUGUGCUGCGGCAUUUAGCACUGAGUGCAUGUCAGUGUGUGUAUGUAUGUACCAUAUUCUAAGCUCACUUAAUAUGCCAGGGUGUUUGUUUUACUGUAUAUGUUGUAAUUGCAGUAACUCACUCUCUCCCUCCCCCUCUCCCUCGUGUCCUUACCUCCCCCCUCCCACCAACCCCCUACCCCGCCCUACCUUCUCUCUCCCUUCUUUCUCCUCUCCCCCCAUCCAGGUGAGCGAGCGGCAGCAUUCCCCUGUGGUACGGAGGCCCCAGCCAGGAUGUGUCCUAACGGUACAGAGUGUACAGAGUACUGGAUCGGCCCCAACUACGGCAUCACCAACUUUGACAACAUCCUGUUUGCCGUGCUCACCGUCUUCCAGUGCAUCACCAUGGAGGGAUGGGUGGACAUCCUCUACAAU